CUCAAUCAAAAGAAAGAAAAAAAACAAAACCUUCCAUUUCAAGAAAGCAUCGUUUUAGUUUGUGUGUGUGUCCGAAAAUGGAAGAUCUUGACGAUGAGUAUAAGAAUUAUUGGGAAACCACAAUGUUCUUCCAAAAUCAAGAACUCGAAUUUGACAGUUAUAAAUUUAGUUGGCCGCUAGAAGAUGUUUUUUCGGGUUCUGGCGAGUCAAGUUCGCCGGACGGAGCAGCAACGUCGCCGGUGACUUCAAAGAACGUUGCCUCUGAGAGGAAGAGACGGGAAAAGCUUAACCAGAGACUCUUAGCUCUCCGAUCUGUCGUCCCCAAUAUAAGCAAGUUGGACAAGGCAUCUAUCAUCCGAGAUUCAAUAACGUAUAUGCAAGAACUUAUUGAUCAAGAGAAGAAACUAGAAGCAGAGAUCAGAGAGCUGGAAUCACGAUCAAUGUUGCUAAAUAACCCUACAAGAGAUUACGAUUGCAUCAAUAAUUUCCCGGGAAAUCAGCAGCAAGAUCUCUCAGGCAUUGAUGCCAUGAGAUCAAAGAAGUCCAGGCAUAUGGAUUGUAAUACUUUUGGAACAUCAAUCACUAGAAUGCAUAAUCACUCGCCCAUCGAAGUUCUUGAAAUGACGGUGACAUGUAUGGGAGAGAAGACAGUGGUGGUAUGCAUAACAUGUAGCAAGAAGAGAGAGACUAUGUUGCAGCUUUGUAAAGUGUUGGAGUCUUUGAAUCUCAACAUUCGCACUACUAACUUCUCUUCCUUCUCAUCUUGUCUCUCUACCACUCUCUUCCUCCAGGCGAAUGAAGAAGAGAAGAGUACAGUAGAGACAAAGAUACAAACGGCAAUUGCAGCUUAUAAUGAUCCAAAUUGUUUUAUCAACUUCUAAUUUAUUUCAGUGUACCAAAAACCAGUUCUUUUAUGCAAUAUUUGUGAGGAUGGUGUUGUUUGUAAGAUGGUACUAUUGUAAAGGUUUAUUUGAACUUCAAAACACCUCA